AUGGUUCUUAGAGAGUUCCACUCGAGCGCUCUGGAUAGCCUAUGUACUGAUGAACAACUUGAUCUUUUGAAUUCUAUUGACACUCUUCGAUCCCAGGGUAUUAGCCAUUAUGUUUCUCUGCCACAGAUUAUUGUGUGUGGUGACCAGUCCUCUGGAAAGAGCUCUGUACUCGAGGCAAUUUCUGGAGUCUCUUUCCCUGUCAAAAGCAACCUCUGUACCAGAUUUCCGACAGAGCUUGUGCUCCGCAAAGACUCCAAUGUCGGAGUAAGAGUGUCUAUUGUACCUCAUCACUCGCGCAGCGAAGCAGAGCAACGUUCACUGGGGAGCUUUUGUGAAGAGCUUGAUGGAUUCGAAGGGCUUCCUCAGCUUAUCGACAAUGCCAAAGCGGCAAUGGGCAUAUCCACACAUGGGAAUGCAUUUUCAAAUGAUCUUCUACGGGUCGAGGUGUCAGGGCCUGAUAGGCCGCACUUGACCAUCGUCGAUCUUCCGGGAUUGAUACACUCUGAGACAAAACAACAAUCUGCAGCUGAUGUUCAGCUGGUCCAAGGUGUGGUUCAGUCAUAUAUGAAAGAGCCGCGAAGUAUCAUCCUAGCAGUGAUCUCAGCGAAGAAUGACUACGCGAACCAGAUCGUGUUACGGCUGGCAAGGGACGCUGAUAAGUCAGGCAAUCGAACCUUAGGCGUCAUCACUAAACCCGAUACACUGAUCGCAAAUUCCGAAAGCGAAAAGAUGUUCAUAUCCCUGGCGAAUAAUCAUGACGUUGAAUUCCGGCUUGGAUGGCAUGCGCUAAGGAAUAUGGAUACCGACCAGGGAACUUGGACACUUGUGGAACGGGAUCAAAAGGAGCGUGACUUUUUCUCUAAAGGAGCUUGGGGAGAAAUGCCAUCGUCGUUGGUUGGGAUCAGCUCGCUGCGAACCCGUCUCAGCAAAUUGCUUCUGCGACAAAUUGCGGCUGAGCUUCCAAGUCUCAUUGAGGAGAUAAAAGCAAAGGAGUACGAAUGCAUAAAGCAACUGAAAAAGCUUGGCCAACCGCGAGCCACUUUAGACGAACAGAAGUCCUAUCUUUUGCACAUCAGUCAACAUUUUCAAUCUUUGGUCAAGGCUGCUGUUGAUGGCACGUACAACGAAGUGUUCUUUGAAGGCAUCCAAUCGUCUGCAGGACGUCAGAAGCGUAUUCGCGCUGUUGUCCAGAAUCUGAAUGAGGUAUUCGCAGAGCGACUCAGUAGAGGAGGCCAUUACCGGAAAAUAACAGGACAGGAGAAUCAACCUGAUAUCGAGGGCCAGAUUCUGGUCACACGAAGCGGCUUCAUCAACCAUAUUCAGGAGCUUAUGAAACAGACGAGAGGGCGGGAACUACCCGGCACGUUCAACCCUAUGAUUGUCAGCGAACUAUUUCUGGAACAAUGCGGUCCCUGGGAAGCUAUAACACGCCAACACAUUCUUACGACCUGGCAGGCAGCCGAGAGAUUUUUGUCACUUUUGAUAGGUCAUAUAUCUGAUGAAGCAACUUCGGUCGUUCUUUUCGCUGAAUUAAUCUCCCCUGCACUAGAUCAACUCCGGGAGGUUCUGGUAAAGAGAUGUGAAGAAAUCCUUGAAACUCAUCAAAAAGGCCACCCAAUCACCUAUAAUCACUAUUUUACGGAGACCCUGCAGAAGAUCCGUGCUGAUAGGCGCGAAGGUGAGCUAAGCGGAAUCAUUGAACGCUUCUUCAGGGUCGACGAUCUACAGACGUCCCGUUACCUCGAUGGGGCAUACCGUCUUCAGGAUCUCGUUCAAUCACUUCUAGAGUCUAGUGAGCCAGAUAUGAUGAGAUUCGCUUCGGCUGAGGCUUUGGAUUGCAUGCUCGCUUAUUACAAGGUGGCAUUGAAACGAUUCAUCGACGAUGUCGCGGUUGAAGUCGUAGAGGUCAAAUUGGUCCAGUCUCUUGCUUCCAUAUUUACACCGGUUAAGGUAUUCGAAAUGCCACCUAAUCUGGUGUCGCGCAUCGCCGGCGAGUCCGAGGAAACCCGUGCACUACGGGAACAACUGAACAAAAAGAUACAAAUCCUUGGGAACGGCUUAGGAACCUGCCAACGCUUUGCUGGCAGUCGAGGCAUGGGGACGGAUGGAAUACAAGGGGCACGCCGUUUCGAUGGUAAGUCCCGGGACCGGUAUGAUCAUACUUUGUUGCACAUUGAGCUUGCGGGCCCUAGCGUCUCGAAUGAUUGUGGUAGCUCAGAUGACGAAGGGUUUGGGACUAAAUGCGAGAAAGGUGAAUCUAUCAGUGAAAAGUCUGCAAUACUUGCUUCUGAUCCUCAAUCUGGGGAAUGGAAUGACAAAGAGCAUGACCAGUCUGCAGCGGCCCCGUCACUAAGCUCAUCCAGGAAAAGGAGCAAAAAAGGGUUGAGGUACAAGCCUAUUAAAUGA